AUGCGUUUGUUUGAAAAUAGUAAAGAUAUGGAAAACCGGAAGAGAUUGUUACGUGCCAAGAAGGCUGCCGGCAAUAACAAUUGUUUUGAAUGCAAGAGUGUCAAUCCACAAUUUGUUUCUUGCAGCUUCGGCAUAUUUAUAUGUGUUAAUUGCGCAAACCUUUUGAGGGGGAUGGGUACGAACAUAUUUUGUGUAAAGUCAAUAACAAUGGAUAAUUUUGAAGAAAAGGAUGUCAGAAGAGUAGAGAAAAGCGGAAAUAACAGAUUCGGUUCCUUCUUGUCCAAAAAUGGUAUUUUGCAGAACGGGAUUCCAUUGCGUGAAAAAUAUGAUAAUUUGUUUGCUAAAAGUUACAAGAGGAGGCUGGCCAAUGAAGUGCGCAGUAAUGAUAUUAAUCGGAACAUGUAUUUGGGAUUCAAUAAUUUCCAGCAGUAUACAAACGGUGCGACGAGCCAAAUAAGAGAUAGGACGUUGAGGGAAAUAUCUAAUAACAGCAAUGCUUCGGAAGGGGCGGAAUUUGUACUACCUGAGAAGGUGUUAGGCUCUGACAAUUUUCAAGACUGCGAAAGAUUUCCCGCUUGUUUGAGUUCCGAAAGAAACCUGGACGAGAAUAACGUUACAAGUGCUACGAGUACGUUAACAAUUGAAAAAUUUCAAAAUGACCCCAUAGGAACCAUUUCUAGAAGUUGGCAGUUGCUUUCAGAUGCAUUAUACAAAUCAUACGAAGACUUUAAAGGCUCGGUUGUUCAGCCAACGAUUGAAAACAUUCAACAAAGGAAUUUGCCGAAUGAUAUCAAGAGAUCAUUCGUGCACUUUAACGAGAAGUUGCAUGAAACGCCCCAUUUACCCUCGCCAGUUUUUUCUUGUUUUACUGGGGGAGACAUUCUCCCUCCAGAAUUCAAUUAG